UAUAUAUACGCACACCCGCCAAAAAAAGAGAACCCAUCAUCAAUUCAGCAGGCCACAAGCAAGCUCGACAACAGAGUACCAACACCAACCACAACAACCCCAAUUUGCAACGCACAUAAGAUCAAGAUGGCGAGCAAACAAUGGACGCGGGUGCAGACGAUCGGCCGCGGCGCGUCGGGGGCCGAGGUCUUCCUCGCGUCGGACGACGUGUCGGGCGAGCUCUUCGCGGUCAAGUCCGCCACGGCAGCGUGCGCCUCAGCUCUUAAGAGGGAGGAGGACCUCAUGUCCUGCCUGCGCUCCUCGCGCGUCGUCUCCUGCAUCGGCGGCCGCGCCGCCCGCGACGGCUCCUACCAGCUCUUCCUCGAGUUCGCCCCGGGAGGCUCGCUGGCGGACCGGGCGGCGAUCGACGGGGGGCUCGACGAGCGCACCGUCCGCGGGUACGCCGCAGACGUGGCGGCCGGGCUCGCGUACCUUCACGGCGCCGGGAUGGUGCACGGGGACGUCAAGGCCAGGAACGUCGUGAUCGGCGCCGACGGCCGCGCCAAGCUCGCGGACUUCGGCUGCGCGAGGAAAGUGGGCGCUGGCGUGCCGAUCAUCGGCGGCACGCCCGCGUUCAUGGCGCCGGAGGUGGCGCGCGGCGAGGAGCAGGGCCCCGCGGCCGACGUCUGGGCGCUUGGCUGCACGGUCGUCGAGAUGGCCACCGGCCGCGCCCCGUGGAACGGCAUGGACGGCGACGCGCUCGCCGCGCUGCACCGGAUCGGGUACACGGAGGCCGUCCCAGAGGUGCCCCAAUGGCUGUCCGUCGAGGCCAAGGACUUCCUGCGCCGGUGCUUGGUCAGGCAGGCCAGCGACCGGUGCACGGCGGCGCAGCUGCUGGAGCACCGGUUCUUGGCCUCCGCCGUGGUCGACGCGAAGCCGCAAGCCGUGGAGAGCAAAUGGGUGUCGCCCAAGAGCACGCUGGACGCGGCAUUCUGGGAGUCGGAGUCAGACACCGACGAGGCGGAGCACGACAGCGCGGCCGAGAGGAGGAUCGGAGCAUUGGCCUGCCCUGCCUCGGCGCUCCCAGAGUGGGACUCCGACGAGGGCUGGAUCGACGUCCUAUCCGCACCAACGGAAGCAGUUGCCGUGCCGGCCAAGGAGACGACCGUCAUCAUCGUGGACGACGCGAUCACAAGUGAAGAAGAAUCAGUAGAUGCAGAGUCCGGCUUUCUCGACAUUGCCGUUGACGUAGAGCACAGCAGCUUCCUCCACGCAGGAGAAACGUACGAGGCUGAUCCAGUCGUUAGGCAUUGUCAGUUUUUGAAGAGUUUUGUUUCUGGCCAAUUAGUGCCAUGUAGUAAAUUGUUAGUGCAAACAGUACUGUGUUGCAACAUAAUCACUGAUGCAAUCGAAUUCGUUGUUACACAAACAGUAUCCUGCUUGGCGCUGCUCCUCUUUUUUGUCUCCGCUCAUAAUUCUGCUCCCCAUUGCGACGUCAACGAAUUCAAAGAAAAAUUAGGCUGUGUCCGCCGAAUCCGAUGGGUCGACAAUUUCGGGGGGAAAUUAGGUCACACAUACAGUAACUAA